UUAGUAGUUGUGAUAUCAUUGACGACAGAGGGGACACUAUACUGUUUGGCAAGAAUGAGACGGAUCUGUUCCAGUUCCCCGGUGGGAAUUCACGGGCACCCUUAAUUGAAUGAGUUGUGGUUGCUUGACCUAACAACAGAUAUACAGUGCACCCUUGAACUUAACAUGGCUUCGUCAAGUCUUUCUUCGAGGCAUCGCUCGCUCAAACAUCUGAUAUUGCCUUACCAACAGCUACUGGCUCCAGCUAUUCCCUCAACAUCUGAAACCCUCCGCUCACAGGUUACUCUGUACCCCCGACAGCAGAGGUCACUAUUCUGGUGGUCUCGUCGUCACGACCCAAAAUGGCUAUCCGAGGGCAAAUCCCGACUGCAGAAACUGAUGCAAAAAGAAAAAGAAAUCCAAUCGUUCUACAAGAAAUAUGUCUCUCGUGGUCGUCGGCGACGACCGUAUCUAUAUCAAAGCUGGGAGGGCAGUAAGUUUUAUUUCCCCCACGAGGCCAGCCGCUUACACAGACGGUGUGAUGUAUCCGACGAGCUCGUGCAAGGGAUGGGGAAAGGGAACAGGGGAGAGAAAUCUUGGCUGGCGAAGGAGCGUCCGCCUGACAAUGGAUUCGAGGACCCCAAAAGCCCUGGAGGGAAAAACAGCUUCGACUCUCGGGGUGGCAAAGAGCACGAAUUUGGCGAGUCCAUGCGACACGAGUCUGAGAAAUGGUUUGAGGAAUUUAAAAAAGCUAUCAAUCGCGAUCCUUAUGGAUUCAUAUUCGGGAGACGACUGCAGCCGUUUCCAUUCGGUUUGAAACACGGAUCUUGGUUAUCGUUCUAUCACUCAUUAUUUGCUGGUGAAGGUCCCACGGACAGUAGACCCCGUCCAGGCUCACCAGCGGAUAUACGAAAUCCUGCGACAGAAGAAGGAGCGGGAUCAAGAACAGAAACUUCGUCUGAAAUCAAUAUCAAUGACGAUCAUUUGCCUUCAUCCAACACUGUGACAGACGCCGCAUUUGAAUUCGAUCCCAUCAGUGGUAGGAUGGUUCCUGCGAGGAAUAAAACCACUUCCAACCGGGCAGAUGACUCUUCUCCAAUGAUAAUUUCAAAUCCGCGAGAUGGCGAAGCGGAAAUGGAAACUCGCGAUGAGCAAGAAAACUCCAAUCAGAAACCAAACAUCGAUAUAAAAGAGCCACUUGUCCUUGAACCGGAGCACCGCGUCUCGAGUAAAAUGACAUCACCUAAGGAUGCGAACGACCAGACUGAUUUGAAAUCAUCCCAAACCCUUGAUACGGAGGGACUUGGAACCAUUGAAACUAAGCAGCCCGCAGCUAACAUGAGCGUUAUCGAUAAUGAUACAAUUGGAGCACACUCUUCCAAUGUAGGCAAGAGCGUUGACACGGAACAGAUAAUAUCUGAGUCAAAUCAGCCUGACUCUGCAGAAACAACCCUUGGAAAGGAUGUCAAAGAUACUCUCAAAUCAGAUGGGUGGGCCUUGAAUGAAUCAGAAAAGCCAGCAGGUGCGGCCGUCCUUACUUCAACUAGCGAAGAAGCAAACACAACUACGUUUGAUGCAAAAAAUAAAACGCCGAUGCACAAAAUUUCUCCACUCGGCGAGGACGAUGAGGAUGUCCAAGCGUCUGACUGGCAAUCACAUCAGUAUCUAAUAGCCAAAGCGAAGAAAUCCAUUGAGAAUAGCGGACGCCUUCCCAAGGAGUUAGAGGGGAUGUCUCAUUCUGACUAUUUGCGAUAUCUUGAGAGUCUUGAAGCUCCAAACGCAUCACCUCUCUGCGAAAUUUAUCAAAAAGCGUACGAUAUUCGUGACGACAGCCGAACAAAAGAAAAUGUGGAUCAACUGCGUGCUAGCGACAUUCGUGCCUCUUACAAAACUUGGGCAGAGCGACAUGGUGUCGAAGAGGCUUAUGGAGCUCUUCAAGAUGCCGAUUGUGGCUUGGACAUCGACGAGUUGCGUUGGAAACUUCGUCAAGACAAUAGAACUGUUAGCAAAGUAGAAACUGGCCGAGACUCCGUUUCUAGUGCAACAGAAGCAACAGAACCGGUACAGAAAGUGAUGAACUUGCUAUUUCGCGAUGACACCGCGGGGACAGAACGUAGCAAAGUCACCCAUAUGUGCAACGUUGACAGUGUUGAUGAUGCAUCUACCACUGUUAGUAGUUCUAAACGUGAUGGGAUCCAUCCUAUCUUUGGAAUAAAAACUACAGAUGCGAACCGGCACCGUGAAAUUGGCAAUAUAGCAAGAGAGCUUCGAGAAAUCAAAGAGGCCACAGUCUUGAUGAAUGCACUUUUGACGGGACAACAUAGUCCAUCUGGUACAACAGCUGACGUACUUUCUGUCACCCCAUCGGAGAGGAUGGCGAUAGAAGAGCGCGAGACGCAAGUAGCCCAAAUUAGCGAGAUACUAAGUGAUGUCAAAAACGUCAACGCAUCCGUGGCUUCAACCUUAGCGGAGCUUGGUGAAGACGUGCAGCGAAAGAAAUCUACUAGGGAAGAAGACGCAGGAAGGUCGCCUUUGGAUCAGAACGUUGAAGCGAAAAACAGCUCUUCGCGCUCCAACCCCUCCCAAUACCGAAUCCUAGCCUACGACUCCCUAACAAUGGAAGUGAAAGAGAUGGGUAUCUCGGCUGGCCAUUCAGGCUCAGGGGAGAUAGCACAGCUGCUACACCCUACAGAAGCGCUUUCACGCCUCAGCAACCCCUCGCGAUUCCUCGAGCAUUUGCCCCGCCUAGAAGCACAGGGGUUUGGAAUUGUCUCUGGCGGCGGCGAUAUUCUCAUUUUCAAGAAGGUAAAGGAGAGUGAAGGGAAAUUGGUUGAUGAUGGGGAACAUGUGGCUAGGACUUUAGAAGCAUCCAUUCCAGAUGUUACCGCAGCGAAGCAGAACAGUAGUGAUACUUAUGGUGACGGGGGUGAUAGGGUGCAUCCUCCAGUUCAGGCAGCGCAGCUUGGAAAUGAAGUUGUCGAUCAAAUCGAGUCAUCCGAGACCUUGAAGGGCAGCCCGACCGGUCGAGAUGCCUCCCAUGUUUUCGAUCAAGGGAUCGUCUCGUCUUUCGAUUCUGGCGCAACAAAGAAGCAACAGCAGCAGGAGGGAGAGCUCUCCACACCCAAUCCUCCCAAAAGCGAAAAGGCGCAUCCGUUCCUGCGCAAAGCCCUGCGUCGUAUUUUAUUAACAGGCGGGGUCGCAGCAGGUACGUGCUAUGCUCUAGGCGUGGUUGUUGAGUAUUUCCGCACAGGUGGGCAGGAUGGCCUAGGCCCGCAGGGGUUCACAGGGUUGGAAGGGAGAUGA